AUGGCAGUAGAUCUAUCUUCAGACAGCCCUUCAGAUGCUCUAGAUGAAGUUGUGGUAGAAUUGAAACGAUUAGCAGAUAAUUAUAAGGCACUCGAUGAUCAUGUUGAAUCACUAAACAAGCAUACGGUUAAAGCACAAGUUGAUGUCGAAAUGCUGCUGAAUAGAAGUAGUAACAAUAACAAGCACCUGCAAACAAUGUCACAACUGGGUCAAAGUGUUGACAGAGUUCUUGAACAGGUACAACAGUUACAGAAACAGCAGAAAUCUCAAGAAGAAGACAAGAGUAAACAUGAACGACUGGAAGCACUGGAUAGGGAGAUUCUAGCUAAAGAACGCCGAGCAGCAGCAUUGGAUGCUGAUUACCGACAAAUGAAACAGCGGCUUAGUGAAAAACAUGAUGAAUUUGCUAAACUGCAACGAGAUUUCCAAGAUUUCCAACUCUCGAUGAAUCAACAGCUGAAAAAUGCAAUGGGCGGUGUAAUGGUAUCAAGUGGGGCAUUGCUGGACGAUGCUACCCCUAAGAAUACCAAUAAUAAUGCAUCAAGUAGAAUGCAUAGGAUUACAUCUAUGCUUAGAGAGAAGUACAAUUUAGAAAAUGGAUCUAGAAGGGUAGUAUCAACAGAUAGCGUAUUCCAACCCCAGAUGAGAACGAGAAAGAAAUACGUUUUGAAUCCCAAUUCAUUACAGGGAUCGCCUGUAACACCGGAAAGAUCUAGUUUUAACAGCGAUGAUGAUUGA